AUGCGAAAAGGGAACGAUGGACACCUGCUUAUCGGAAUCUCCAGUGACGCCUUUUUCAACAUCCUUAAAUUUUUAACCUUUAAUGAGACACUAAAGCUGAAAUUGGUGUGCAGGCAUUUCAGGGAGUACAUAAAAGAUGAGAAUGCCUUUUUCCAAAAUGAGUGGAUUUGUUUGAACAACUAUAUAAGGUUCGUGCGUCUUGUGCACCCGGAGAAGUUUGGUUCUUUUUUGGUGUCCCUCCUGAGUGACGAACGGAAUGUGUAUUCUAGUCCUCUCUGCGCUAGACAGCGCCUCCAGUUCGGGAUAACGAAGAAUCAGCUCAUACUACGAGACAAGUCAUUCCUGAAAAAAAUAACGCUCAAGGGGGACUUCCUCAGGAAUACAAAUUUCUACGAUAUCAGCCAACUGCUAAGGGCACAUGAGAGCACCCUCGAAGAAUUGCACAUCCAAGGAUUGAACGAUGUAAACUGCCCUCUGUUUAUUUAUUCUAACCAUGGCAUCCUCUUCGAGUUCCUUUCCAAGGAGGUCCUUAUGAACAACCUAUCUGUUCAACGUGUGAAGAAAAGUAGCUUGAGGCAUAUUCAGGACUUGCUGUUGCAGCGGAAUGGGGGUCGGAAAAACAGGGCGGGAGAGGCCAACUCGCCCGGGCUGGAAAGGUCUCCCCCUGGGGAAGCCCCACCGGAAGAAUCACCACCGGAAGAUUCACCACCCGAAGAAUCACCACCAGAGGAAUCGUCCCGUGAUGCCCCCACCCAGCGGGUCCCCAUCGGCAGAGACAAAAAGGUGCACCUACUGUGCGAACACAUCGGCGUGAUAUACAAUUUGAGGAAAAGUUGCUUCGAAAAAAUACAAAACUACAAGCCAAAGCUACAUCUAAGUAAUUACAUAAGCAGCUUGUCCAGUUUGCAGGUUCUGAACCUGUCAGGAAUUCAAAGCUACGACAUGAUAGAGAUGCUCAUCCCGGUGCACCUACCGUCCUUAAAAACGUUAAACAUCUCCUGCUACGAUUACUUCUUUUAUUUCUACCAUAUGGUAGUCUCCAUCUGUCUGUAUGGAAGUGGGAAGGAGGUGUUUUCUCGUUACCUGGACUUAAAAAAUAGGGAACUCAGCAGAGACACCAACGAGAGGAAAAAGAAUGAAUGGUUCGAAAGGAACAAGGAGAUGCACCAACUGAUUAAGGAGACUGAUGAGGAGGUCAUUCAGGUGAAUAGAAUUUCCACUGCCUGUCAGAAGAGGUAUGAAGAAGACGCCAUAAAUUACUACGCACUGAAUGUGAGUAGGAACGACCAGAAGAUUUUCUUCACCCCAACUUACAAGGAUAGGAUCUGCAUGAGGGGGGUCAACCGGCCGGUGCACUAUGCGGACGGUAGUUACAUAAGGCACGACUCGGACAGUGAACCAACUGAACCAACUGAACCAACUGAACCAGCUGAACCAGUUGGAUCAGACUCUCGUCGAAGUGAGGGGGAGAGUUCCCCCAAGAGUUGGCACCGGCAGCACACCCAACAUGCACAGCCCGCCAGGGAGGAUAGCCCCUGCAGCACGUUACGCAGUGUAGGAAGCGGUGAGGAAAGUCCGUAUAGCACGCUACGUAGUGUAGACAGCACAGGAAGUGUAGAAAGCGACCAACGGGGUAAAUACCAUACAGAGGGGCAGCGUCCCCAAAAGGGAAAACCUGUCUGCAAACCCGCAUGCAAGACCUCCUGGCAAUCCUCCUUCCAGUCGACAUGCCGUCACACACCUACCCCAGUGACAGACUUGAAGCUGAAAAAACUGAAACGGGGAGGAUACAUCUGGUUGGUCGAAAAUCAAAAGCACAAAAAAAACGUCAGUAUAGAAAUGUUAUACCUAUGCAAAAAUAUAAUAGAGAAGGAGGAAAAGAAGGCACGGAAAAACAUCAUCUGCUUAAUGAACAACCUGAACGUCGAGCAUUUUUCCCUUUUCAACUACGGACUGAGUAGUCCCUUCUUGUGGCUACUAUUACUCAUACGGUGCGACAAGCUAAAAACGGUGUCUAUCCUAGACCUCUGUCUAUCUCACCUUCUUUCCGCAUUGACUUUUUUAGAGGCAUACCUCAAGCAACAUCUAUUUAACUUCCAAGGAAUGAUGAGAAGACGCAGAAAACGACUAGGCAGCAUAUAUUUCAGGUUCAAUGACGAAGAGGAUAUUAACUUUGUGAAUAGAAUGUAUACCCGUAUCAUUAACGAGUUGAACUUAUCUAACUUUGCUCCGAGAAAAAACCGAGUCCUACACAUCGUUAUAUAUGUAUACAACAACAAGAAGGAAAAUAAACAGUUUGUGAAAUAUAUUCGUAAAAUAUCUCGGUCCCUGUGGCGGUGCAAUUACGUAGUGCACUAUUCCAUUCAAUAUUACAAGUACAAAUAUUUCAACCGGUACUUUGACAUAGACAACUUAUAUAGGGACUACGUUGUGAACGUUUUGCUUACUCAUCAUAGGCUGAACCAGCGCCUGCUCUCUCGGCGCGCGCUCCUCCCGUAG